AUGGCGUCGCUGGUACCCGGGGUCCUCCUGAAGCUGCUCCAGCACAUGAACAGCGACGUCAAGGUGGCCGGCGAGCACCGGUCGUCCCUGCUCCAGGUCGUCAGCAUCGUGCCCGCGCUUGCGGGGAGCGACCUCUUCACCAACCAGGGCUUCUACCUCAAGGUGUCUGACUCGUCGCACGCGACCUACGUGUCCCUGCCGGACGAGCAGCACGAUCUCAUCUUGAGCGACACUAUCCAGCUGGGGCAGUUCGUCCACGUGGACCGUCUCGAGGCGGCCACUCCCGUGCCGAUCCUCAGGGGAGUCAGGCUGGUUCCGGGCCGGCAUGCCUGCGUCGGCAACCCAGAGGAUCUUGUGGUGACUAGCUCCUCUAGUUUUCUUGGCAGUGGCAGCAAGGCACAACCGUCCGUCAAUGGUGGUGGUUCCAAGGAUGCCGCCGGUGCUUUGUUGCUGGAGAAAGAGCAGAGCAAGUUAGAGAAGAUCAACGCUUCUGUCAAGAGCAAUGGAACAGAAAGCAAGAAACCCCAGCUCACCAAGUCGAACUCUAACCUCUCAAAGCAGGCACUCAAUGGCCUUUUGGACAAGAAGGACAUAGUUAGCUCAAAGGCAAAAUCAACCAGGGCUAGGUCGACGCCUUCGUCUCCGACCAGCGUCCAUUCUCUGCCUGCGCCGUUUGAUAAACUCUCGAAUGACAUGAAACAGAGAGUAAAAACCAAAGGAGCAGAGAAAUCGUCACCAUCAAGGCUAUCCUUGUUGGAAAAGGCUGCUUCUGUUUUGAAGGCUACUACGGCAGGGAGGAAGUCCUCUGUGGGUAACUCAAUUAGUAACACCUUAUUGAGCUUUGAAUCUGGGCCAAAGGCCUUGAGAAGAAGUUGGGAAGGGAAAGCAGAUGCAAAGGACAAGGGCAAUUCAGAUUCAAAGCCUGCCAAAGCUGAAAAGAAGUCCGAGAACCGAAGCUCGUCGACUCCCAGACGAAAACCAGUAGCAGAAGAGAAGCCAUUGCAUAAGGAUGACAGUAAGAUUCUGACUCCACCCAGGAAGAGCUCAGCAAGUGCUCCUGCAGAUGAUUCUGAUAAAGUUGUGAAUAAGCUUUCUUCUCCUAUAAGGAGGACGUCAGGGGUUUUAAAUAACCCGAAUAUCACAAAUCUAGUUAAGGUUGCUGCAAGUAGCAGGAAAUUGACAGAUGCUAGCACUUCAUGGACAAUGCUUCCUCCAUCACUCGCUAAAUUAGGAAAGGAGCUUCUGAAGUACAGGGAUGCAGCACAAAUGGCUGCUGUUGAAGCCAUGCAAGAAGCUUCUGCAGCAGAGAGCCUUCUUCGAUGUUUAAGCUCGUACGCGGAGGUGAGCUCGUCGGCGGAGGAGCAGAACCCACAGCAGGCCGUUGAGCAGUUCCUCGCUCUGCAUGGAGCUCUCUCCCGAGCCACCAUCGUUACCGAGUCUCUAACCAAGGCCACUGCCACGGCCUCCACCGCAAAUUCACCGGAUCAAUCAGCAGCCGGCGACGCGUCAACUGCCGACGAGGAAACUCUGGCCAUCGCGGUGGAGCGCCGCCGCCGGGCAGCCUCCUGGGUCGGUGCAGGGCUCGCCACCGAUCUUUCUGCCUUCUCCCUCUGCAACCUCAAACCCGCCCCUGCCAGUGCCAUCUCCCCGCUGGCCGUCGUGCUCGUGGACGAGUCAGCCAAGCCAGCGGCGGCGGCGGCGGUGGCGAAGGCGUCGCCGCCCGCGAAGUCGCGGCUGUCCCUGGCGAAGGGGAGGUUGAGAGCUGGUUCCGCUGCGGCAGCCGCCGCCGCCGCCGCUGCGGCGGCUGCAGUGCUUCCGCCUGAGUGGGAGCGGGGAGGCGGCGCGGAGGAGCGGGGCGAGCUGGCGCGGCGGCUCGGGGAGGAAACGCGGGGAUGGUUCCUGGCGUUCGUGGAGCGGUUCCUGGACGCGGACGUGGCGGCGGCCGCGCCGUGGGACCGCGACCGCGCGGCGAGGAUGCUUCCGCAGCUUAAGCGCGUCAACGACUGGCUGAGCGAGAUCGGGAAGCCGGCGGAGAUGGCGCCGCAUCCGCCACCGGAAGCGGAUGGCGAGGCCGCGGCACCCAGUGCGAACGGCGGCGCGGUCAGCGGCGUGCCGGAGGAGACGAUAGAGCGGCUGAGGAAGAAGAUCUACGAGUACCUCCUCACCAACGUGGACUCUGCUGCCGCCGUGCUCGGCGGCGGCGAGGUGGCGCCGGCACCGGUGGCGAACGGGAAGAAGGGGUGA